GCCAACAAGUGGAGGGAACUAGUGAGGUGUGAACAGAAGAACAAGAAGUACCACAAAGCAAAACAGAGAGAGAAGCUACUAACAAUUUGCACAUUCAUUGAAUUGUUACAAACAGUCACAAAUUUGAUGCUUCUACUUCUACUUCUACUUCGGGUUCUUAGCAGCUAAGAGUUGCUAACAGUUUAUGAUUUGCUUGUCUGCAAGAUUGGGCUGAUCUUGCUGACUACAGUAAUACUGGAUGGGAUGAAGCUUAAAAAAUGGCUCGAAUCUGUUUUAUUGCUGCUUGUCGCCAUGUUAAGCGGUGCAUUAGGUGCAUUUGUGGGGGUAAACAUUGGCACUGAUGUUUCUGAUCUUCCAUCUGCUGCAAAUGUAGUAGCCAUUCUGAAAGCGCAUCAAAUUGGCCAUGUGCGACUAUACGACGCCAAUGCACACAUGCUACAAGCCCUUUCAAACACAGGUAUUGAAGUGAUUGUUGGUGUCACCAAUGAGGAGUUACUUAGGAUUGGUAGAUCUCCAUCGGUCGCAGCGGCCUGGGUUAACAAGAAUGUAGCUGCUUACAUGCCAUCUACUAAUAUCACAGCAAUAGCAGUUGGCAGUCAGGUUCUUACCAUGAUUCCAAAGAUUGCUCCUGUUCUUGUUCCUGCCAUGAAUUAUCUUCACAAAGCUCUUAUUGCUGCAAACCUUAACUUUCGUGUCAAAGUUUCGACUCCCCAAUCCAUGGAUAUUAUCCCUCGGCCAUUCCCACCUUCUACAGCUGCAUUUAACUCUUCAUGGAACUCUACAAUCUAUCAACUCCUUCAGUUUCUAAGGAACACAAAUUCCUCUUACAUGUUAAAUGCCUACCCUUAUUAUGGAUACACUAAAGGGGAUGGUAUUUUUCCUAUUGAAUAUGCUCUUUUCCGGUCACUUCCUUCAGUGAAACAAAUUGUUGAUCCAAAUACACUUUUCCAUUAUAAUAGUAUGUUUGAUGCCAUGGUGGAUGCUACUUAUUAUUCAAUAGGUGCCUUCAAUUUCGAUGAUAUUCCCAUUAUUGUCACAGAGACUGGUUGGCCUAGUUUUGGUGGAGCAGAUGAACCGGAUGCUACCUCAGAGAAUGCUGAGAUUUACAAUACUAAUUUGAUUCGGCGAGUUCUCAAUGAUUCAGGUCCCCCUAGUCAGCCAAAGAUAGCCAUUAACACUUACAUAUAUGAACUGUUUAAUGAAGACAAGAGGAAUGGACCGACAUCGGAGAAGAAUUGGGGUGUUUUUUAUACUAAUGGAAGUACUGUUUAUCCUUUGAGUUUUAGUGGUUCUGUUCAGAAUACUGGAAAUUCUUCAGCAGUUUUCUGUGUUGCCAAAGAUGGUGCAGACACUGAUAAACUGCAAGCUGGUCUGAACUGGGCUUGUGGACAAGGCCAAGCUAAUUGCGCAGCGAUUCAAGCAGGGCGGCCAUGCUAUCUCCCCAAUAACUUGAAAAGCCAUGCCUCUUAUGCUUACAAUGAUUAUUAUCAGAAAAUGCAUAAUGCUGGGGGAACUUGUGAUUUUGAUGGGACAGCUAUGGUUACUUCUGAGGAUCCUAGUUAUGGAUCUUGUGUAUAUGCAGGAAGUUCCAACUCGUCAGGCGGUGCCGGACGGAGUUCAUCAUCUACAGCAGCAAUUGCACCUAUGGGUUCUUUUGGAGCAAGCUCAAACCUUCAAGUUCCCAUCCUUCAGUCUUUGAUAUCUGUUAUUAGUGUCUUUUUUGCCCUAGUGUCAUUAUGACCUAAAGUUAAAUACUCUUUUGACAUUUGUUUACAGUUCAAUGAUUGUGGGAAGGUAGUCUCCAUAAAUUUUUGCUGAGAGUUUUCUUUUGGAUGUUAUAUAGUAACCAAAUUUUACAUUUUAUA